CCUGCAUUGUGAAUAGUCCGUGUAUGCAUGCAUAGGUAGGUUCCCUACUUGAAUAUGCGGAUACAAAAUUUUAAAGAAAAAAAAAGACUUGUUUUCGAUAAUUGUGAAAAACGCAGCACGGAUAUUGACUAUGCAAAAGGAUGAAGAGGAAGAUUCUAACAGCUUAUGUUCAGCUUUCAGCGUACCCACGGAUGCUGGUGCGUUCUUCUAAGUGUCGGAUUUUACAGUUCAAGCAGUUCUAGCGCAGAAUAGUCCGCGUUUAUUCGAAUAAUACACACGUUGUGGCCAUUUACUCAAGAAGCUGUGCUCAAGUCUGCCUAUUGAAUCAUGAGGAGUAAAGAAAAACGAGACAAUGUGAAAGAGAGGCAAAGAAGGCGCUUCAUUAUCAGGAGGUGCCUAUGGCCUCCUCUCCUGCUCAUUUCGGCGGUUAUUGCAACGCGACAGUGGAAAAGUCGACCGAAGGAUGUUGCAGGACUCACUCCUACGGACCCGCCGCGCCAGGAAACGACAGCAUUACGCCAGAGAGCCAGCAAGGCCGACAAGGACAACUUACUAUCUCCUGUGAAAGUCACGCCAUCUGGGAGUUUCAUGGAAUUUCGAGAUGCCGUCGCAACGUAUGGACACGUCGAGAAAAGCCUCUUGGAACUCAACCGCUUCCUGGCUUUUCAGAUAAGAGGGACACUAAGUAGAGCCCCUAAACCUCUUGCGCGCCGCCUUAGGACCUUUUCCGUGACGACACGAGAACGGGUUCGCUUUCUUCUUGAAGAGGUGAAGUCCUUAGCGAACCAGGCAGGCAUUCUCAAGAAGAAACGUGGAGCACUGUUGGAGCUGAAGAACAAGGUCCGCAAGCUUAUCGAAGUGAACCAGCAACAGGAAAACUGUUCCAGUGUCUUAUCGUGCCGCCUGGUCAACAUAAGUGGGUUCUCUUCAGUAAUGCACGAUGUGCUCUGGUGUCUUGUCAGAGGUGUUUUCCUCAAGCGUCCAGUGGUUGUAGACUCUCAGCCGUGGAGGUAUGACCCGUAUGGUUGGAGUCGAAUUUUUCUUCCACUGACCUACAAGUGUCCUGAGACGCCUGACCGUUCGUCAAUUUGGCCGGGAUACAGACACGACACAAAGGCUCGCGGAUCAAUUCUGGAUAUUCCUGACGAUAUAGCGACAGAAUUAGUCGGGGUUCAUACUGACCCUUACGCUUGGUGGUUUGGGCAGUUCAUGGCAUACAUCAUGAGGCCUUCGUUGUCCCUAUUUGAUAACCUAAGCGAAACGAAGAGAAACAUCACCUUCAGGUCUCCUAUUGUGGGCUUACACAUUCGACGCACUGACAAAUGCGUCGAGGCGGCCCGCCACGAAGUAGAAGAAUACAUGGAACACGCCGAGGAGUAUUUCGACAAUAUCGCGGGGCCUGUACCAAGGCGCAUUUAUGUGGCAACCGAAGAUCCUUCGGUCUUCCAGGAACUACGGAAAAAAUUCCCAAGAUACCUCUUUCUGGGCGACGAGAAGGUGGCCAAAGAUGCCGGCAAUUGGGGAAGACGUUAUUCACCGUCUGCCCUCCAGGCUGUCGUGAAAGACAUUUUCCUUCUUUCCCAGUGUGACUUGGUCGUAUGUACUUUUUCAUCUGGAUUGUGUCGUGUCGUCUACGAACUCAUGCACGAACGACGUACCGACGCCACAUCUCACAUAGUAUCAUUAGACGUUGACUACUUCUAUGCAUACGUUCGAUUCCCGCCCAGGCGUAUCAUCUACCCACACCGACAGAUCGCGUCCGAGGAAUUGCGACUCCGAGAAGGCGACUUCGUCCAACGAGUGGGUGAUAUGUCAGUCGUUAAGGAAGCACGAUAUAAGAAAUUUUGGGACGGCUACUCUGUUGGUGGUCUCCAAGGAACAAACUUUACGGGACACUUUCCAUCGUUCAAGAGCGUACCACAAGUGCGUGUUUCACCCAAUGUUAACAGAAACGAAUCUCUUCAAAGAAGCUGAGUCUGAAGCAUGAGUCUGUAAAGCGUGAAUUGCUACAGUUCUAACGAAUACAAAUGGUUCUGUAAGGUUU